AUGAAAGUUCUGUUAGCGCUCUUCCCCACCUGCGAGCCUCCAUAUUCUGCUUCUCGCCUUAUUGCUGCUGCUUGUAUUUGCCUGCUCACCUUUAUUAAUUCCGCUUAUGUCAAGUGGGGUACCAGGGUGCAGGAUGUCUUCACUUAUGCCAAAGUGCUGACCCUCAUCGUCAUUAUCAUCACAGGGCUAGUGAAACUGUGCCAAGGUUUCUCAAUGAACUUUGAGGAUUCUUUCCAAGGCUCGUCUCGCGACCCAGGAGAUAUUGCUUUGGCCUUGUACUCGGCUCUUUUCUCGUACUCAGGCUGGGACACUCUUAACUUUGUCACAGAAGAGAUUAAGGACCCUGAAAGGAACCUUCCUCUCUCCAUUGCAAUCUCCAUGCCGAUUGUUACGAUCAUCUACAUCCUCACAAACGUGGCCUAUUAUGCUGUGCUGGACAUGAGUGCCAUCCUCGCCAGUGAUGCUGUCGCUGUGACGUUUGCAGACCACACUCUGGGAGUGAUGAGUUGGAGCAUCCCUAUUGCGGUUGCUUUAUCCUGUUACGGAGGUCUAAAUGCUUCCAUCAUUGCUGCAUCCAGGUUGUUCUUCGUGGGAGCUCGAGAAGGUCAUCUUCCAGAUGCUUUGUCUAUGAUUCACGUGGAGAGAUUCACACCGGUUCCAGCUCUGCUAUUCAAUUGUGCCAUGGCUCUGAUCUACCUUACAGUGGAGGAUGUUUUCCAGCUGAUUAACUAUUACAGCUUCAGUUACUGGUUUUUCGUUGGCCUAUCUAUUGCCGGGCAGAUCUACCUUCGCUGGAAAGAGCCGGACAGGCCCCGACCACUGAAGUUGAGUCUACUGUAUCCCAUCAUCUUCUGCAUCUGUGUUGUGUUCCUGGUGGCUGUGCCACUUUAUUCUGACACGCUCAACUCAUUCAUUGGAAUUGCUAUUGCCCUCUCUGGAGUGCCUGUUUACUUCUUGGGUAUCUAUGUUCCAGAGUCCAAGCGGCCACCCAUCAUCACUAAACUGUUAUGUGCCAUCACCCGUUUCACCCAGUUCACCUGCUUUUGUGUGCUCACUGAGUUAGACACUGUUGAUUAGAACACUUGCACCCGUUUGACACAAACCCACUGGUUCAGGGAGAGGAAACCAAUAUCUGGAGAAACGGGAAAAAGAUCUUCCACACUUUUAAAGACACAGAUGCACUCUUAAUGUCACUGCGUUGGAUUCUUCUUUUUCUUAAUUAUAAAAGGGUUCUGUUAAGGUAAUGGUGCAAUGAGUAUUAGAAAUAUGACCUUAAGAACCAUAUGGCAUGAAAAAAAAAAGCCCAUUUUAAAGCUUUUAAAGGCACUGAGUGCUCAUGAACCAAACACCAUCUGUAUUCCUUUCAGAGAAAUGAGUACAUAAACAGGAUGCAGUGGUUGUGUGUAUGCCAUUAUGAAGAACAUGGCCAAGAAUUAGAUUUAUGUAAC